GUUGUUCACUAUAGAUAAAAACUCUGUAGUUCUGACAUUGUUUGACCUUGCAAUUUUGUAUAAGUUUAAAUAUCAUUGACAGAUUUUACUUGAAAAUAACUGAUUGUCUGUUUUAUAACUUUAAACUUUUAUAAAAAGUACCUAAUGAUUUUGUAUAAGAAAUUCAUUAAACCGGCCAUAUCGUUUUUACGAUUUUCACGACUACAACUAGUGAAAUCGGAUCGUAUUAACGCUCUUCGAAAACAAUAUGAUGCUUUUAUGGAAGAGGAUAAAAAGCGCAAAGAGCGCAACGACUUAAUUUUAAACAAGCUCGACAAUAUGCGAUAUUGCAAUACCCCAUUAUCGCGCCGUUCGACGCCCACUCUGCACAUAAGCCAUCAAUCACUUUAUAACAGAGGAAAUACACUGGACAACUCAUCGAUUUAUGAUAGUUAUUUGCCAUCUCCAACUAAACAGAUAGUAACGGAUGUUUCAAAAAAAUAUUUAGAUGAUUCAAUUCUGCUUCAAGAAAUUACAAAAAAAUAUAUUCUUAUACCUAAACGAAGAGCGAUGUUUUCUAAUGACUAUACAGAAACCACAAAGCCCGCAAUAGAGAGCGAUUCUGACUGGAAAAGUAAAUACGAUAUUUUAAAUGAACUGAAAAAAAAUGAUAAGGCUGAGCGUGAAAAAGAAAAGGAAAAUCCUAUUAAAAACGAAGAACCUUUUGUAAAGAUGCUGAAUAAUGAACAAGUUUUAAACAAUAAUGUAAUGAACAUACCUGACACUAAACAACAUUCGGUCUCCCAGUACGAUGAUAUAACACCUGAUAAGGAAUUAUAUGAAAGUAAGACAAAUAAAUUUAAUAAAACAAAUAAUGACGAUUUAAAAACUACGGCUAUUAUUACAUGCAAUGAAAAACAAUUUAAUAAAAAUAAUAUACAAAAUAUACCUCCGACAGUUAUCAAUGAUCUAGAAUGUAAAUUAACUGCUGUAAGUGUAGCUCAAGGUAGAACUGAAAACAUAGAAUGUAUUAACCCUGUUGAAAAUACUGGAGAACUAACUGAUUCUAAUAUAAACACACUAGAACGUGAUAAACUUGAAUGUUCAAAUAAAAUCCAGGCAGAGCUUGAUCUACCGCAGCAGAUAGAAUUUCAGGAGAAUCAUGACCAAAAUAACACACAAGAGCCAAUUUUAAGCGCUAUAGGAUCUAGUGAUUUAACCAAUGAUGCUACGAAUGAUACAAAUAUCGUAACUAACGAAGGCCUUAUAGAAAGUGAAGCUGUACAGUAUCCAAUUGAAAUUAUUAAUGUCCAAGAGUUUACUCCUGGUGAAAAUGUGAUUCUAGAAGAUGGUGUAAACAUUAACCCCAACUUUGAUCGAGAAGAUUCUGCACUUGUACAUGAACCACAAAACGAAGUUGCAACGGAAGAAACAGCAAUUGAUUCCGUUGAUGUGGCAGGAAUUGAAGCAUUCGACGCUGAACAAAGGGAAAUGUUCUAUUCAGAACAACCAAAUCAAAAUUACUCAUAUGAUCAAAUGAAUGCCGAAAGCAAUUAUCAGCAAUACCCACAAAAUGAAAAUUAUCAACAAAACGAAGAAUAUGCCUAUUAUGAAGGGGUUCCGCAAGAUCAAAACUAUUCCGCCGAACUUAACGAAUUUGAAGAAACUUCCCAACCUUAUGAUCAAACUUAUCAAGAACAGUACGCUGCUUACGAUCCAGUAUCGUAUGCAAAUGACGAAACUUAUGACCAAGAGCCUCAGCAAUAUGAGGAAAUUCAGGGGAUUGAUCCUAGUAUGCAACCCGAGAUGGAACAGUUACAGUAUGAGCAAGAGAGUUAUAAACCCCAACAGGUUGAAAAACAACUAGAUAAAGAACAAGGAUAUACUGAAAAUGAGGAAUCAGAAAGUACCCAAUUCAAAGAUAAUACAGCUUAUCAAGAAAUAAAAAGUGAUCAAGCAGGCGAGAAUUCAGUAAUACAAGAAAAUAUUAUCCAAGAAAAUAGCCUUAAUAACUAAUGUAUUGUAAUUUGAUGUCAUUACAUUAAUACUAUGUACACUUUUCAUUGUAUUUUCUGUCAAUAAAAUAAUUUUAUUUAAUUA